AUGGAUUCUGAGGAGUUCCGUGAAUGGGGCAAGAAAAUGGUGGAUUUUGUUGCGGACAUGUGGGAUGGAAUCCCUCAGCGUACCCCACUUCCCGAUAAAUCAUGUCCAUCAAUGACUGAGUUGGAAUUGGCAGUUUUGGAUUGGCUAGUAAUUGCUCUCGGGCUACCGGAUCAUUUCCGGAAUGCUCAUCCGGGGCCAGGCUGCGGAAUUAUCCAGAGCACUGCAUCUGAUGCAACCUUGAUCGCUUUCUAUGCUGCCCGAGCCAAGGCGGUCGAAGAAAUUAAGAAAAAUUCUACCGGUCGGCUGCAAUCGUUGCAGGCGGAUGUGGGCCAGAAAUUCAAGGAUUUCCUUGGCAAGACCCCGUUUUCGGGGAAGAAAGGAGACGUGGAGCAAGAGCCGCAAUCUGAUGUCUACCUACAUCCAUUCCAUGAUCCGGCAGUUUUCAAUCAACUCGUUGCAUAUUGUUCGGAUCAGGCCCAUUCGUCUGUCGAAAAAGCUGCAAUGCUAGCCGGGGUCCGGUUAAGGAAACUGCGCAGCGAGAUAGAUGCGGCGUAUGGUAAUUACUCGGUCACGGCAGCCACUUUGGAAGCGGCUAUUAAGGAAGAUCGGAGCCGCGGCUUGACACCCUUUAUCUUGAUCGCAACAAUGGGAACAACAAAUACUUGUGCUGUUGACCCAAUUGCUGAAUUGGCCCCAAUCUGCAAUCGCGAGAAAAUCUGGGUACACGUCGAUGCGGCAUAUGCAGGAGGUUUCUUGCUUUGUCCUGAGUUCCGCUCAAUGGGUGCCGGCAUGGAAUUGGUGGACUCUUUUAAUUAUAAUGCGCACAAGACGAUGAUGGUCAACUUUGAUUGUUCUCCAUUAUGGAUCAAGGACGGAAAGUCGGCUGUGAAAUAUUUCAACGUAGAUCCAGUAUAUUUAAAGCAUGAGCAUCAAGCGACCACCGCUGAUUAUAGGCAUCUUCAAGUGGCUCUUGGGAGAAGAUUCCGUUCAUUGAAGAUUUGGUUUGUUAUGAGGACACUGGGUAUUGAGCGUAUCCAAAAAACAUUGCGAGACGCUUGCGCCCAUGCGGAAGUAUUUUCACGUCUCAUCACAGCAUCCAAUCUUUUCGAAUUGUUUGUGCCUCGAAACCUUGGACUUGUGUGCUUCCGGUUAAAAAAUGAAUCGAACGAUGUGAACGAAGAGUUAUGCAAUGCUAUUAAUAAUGAUAGAAGAAUUCAUCUGGUUCCCUCAAAGGUCGGCGAUGUCUAUUUUCUUCGUUUGGCUGUCUGCUCGCAAUUGACAGCCGAGGAAAACGUUCGCUUUGCCUUUGAAGUGAUCACCGAAAUGGCGCAACGAAUUCUGGACAAGAUCAGCCUCGUCGGACUUGAAGCAACAAAAGCC